GUUCGUCAUUAUGUUUUUGAUUGUUUGCUGUUUGGUUUUGAUUGAACUGAAUGCAGGUGCCAACGUACUGACUUGUCCAAAAUCGGAUGUUAAUUUCGAGAAGGUGUUGGGCUUACGCCCCCAAAAUGGCAGCCAACCUUCACUCUUAUACCAAUUAGAUAACACCACAUCGAGGCCGAUCACCUUAGAGUGCAUAGCGAAAUGCCAAGCUAACGAGGCCUGCAGAAGCUUCGUGCUGUUUUAUGGUGCUUCCAGGUGUUAUUGGUUCAGUACCGAUUUCAGUGAAACUGAUGAGAGCCAGCUCAUUAUUGACGAAAACGCGGCUUGGUUCCUGAAACGGUGCUACAGUAGCGGACGGACAUGUGAAAAACUGUGGAUCUUCGAAAGAAUUCCUGGUACGACAUUGAUAGGCAACGAUACUAAAACACUGCCAGGAGCUCUAUCGAGAUCUGAUUGUCAACAGUACUGCCUCAACGAAACUGAUUUUGUCUGUAGAUCAGUCAAAUUUCAUAUCACCAAAUCCAGUUACGAAGAAAACACUAAUAUCAGAGGAACUUGUACCCUUAGCGAUGCUGAUCGCCAUCAGUUACCAAAUUCGUACAGGGUUUCAGUCUACGAAGACGAAUAUUUCGAAAACGAAUGCACAUCAAAUAACCUGAAUGAACCAAAAAACGAGUUUUGUGCAUACGAAGAAUACGACAAUGUUACUCUAGCACAUAGCGACGUAUCAUUCCAGAAGACAUCCAAAGAAAACUGCCAACAUUUAUGUGAGAGUUUCAAGAACUUCAACUGCAGAGCAUUUACUACAAUCAACAGAAAUACUUGCUAUUUGCACAGCGAAGAUACCAAAAUAUUUGGACCUUCCCUCCUAAUCGGAACACAACAUUCUACAUAUUAUGAAAAAGCCAGUUGCUUGAACAUCACCGUUUCAUGCAGUGAAACGUAUAUGACGGUACGUUACAACCCGGAGAUAGAUUUUGUUGGAAAGAUGUUCAUGCAAGGUUUCUCCGAUAAUCCUUCCUGUUCUGCGGAUGGGGAGGGAAAAUUCCAUAUCACCACCUUAAGAUUACCCUUGUUGUCAGGACAGUGUGGUAUCAUCAAAGCUGAGGAGCCAUUGCAAAGGACAUUAUUAUCAGGCGAGAUGAUAAUACAGUUCAACCCCAUCAUACAGACGCAGAGCGACAGACUCAUAAGGGUUGGUUGUAUUUUUGGGAAUGAUACAAAAGUUGUCGUUGGUACAGGAGUGACGAUUUCUCCGGUGUUACCAAACAAGGGUAGUGCCAUAAUCAGCCCGACUAUGAAUAACACAUCGAAUCCACCAGUUAUAGAAAUGAAAAUCGUGGACCCUCAUACUGGACAAGAAGUCAGUGAUACACAGAUCGGACAAGAAUUACAACUCAGAAUUGAACUCAAAUCGAGGGAUGAUAAUCUCGAUAUUUGGGCAAGCCAUCUCAUAGCGAUGACCGAGAAGAAUGAUGAAUCCAUUUUUCUGUUGGACGACAGAGGUUGUCCCACGAACCUGAAUAUCUUUCCGCCCCUGCAAAAAAUCGUGGCUGGCACAACCAAGGUGCUUGUCGCGAAUUUCCAGGCCUUCAAAUUCGCCAAUUCUCCUAUUGUACGAUUCAGUGUGAUCAUACAGUUCUGUGUGGGCGAGUGUCCUCCGGUAGAUUGUGGAAAUAAUAUUAUGUCCUAUGGCCGAAAGAGGAGAGACACGCAAUCUCAAGCAAUCUAUACAAUGAAUGGAACAACUGUUGAAAAAGUCAACCGGUCGGAGUUUGAAGAUAGAUCCAGUGUCAUGUAUGAAAUGCCACUAGAAUACAUUAUGCUAGUAAGAGACACCAAGUCUACUUCAGAUAGACUAGUCGUUGGAGACAAUAACAAGAUUCUUGUAGCUGGAUAUGAUUACUCAACUAACGAAGUAUGUCUGGACUAUUCCCUGGUGAUUGGUUUGAUAGUACUUUGGAUGCUGAUCCAAGUUUUUUUCAUAGUUGGCUGUAUAGUACUGGUCAGAAGAUAUAAAAGGUAUUACCAGCAUGAAUGUACAAGGCAGUCACUAGAAGAACUUCAUAAAAAUUUUGGCAUUGGGUUCAGCAAUUUAGAAAACAGAAGAGUUCGUUGGGCUGAUGAUGAGAAUAUUUUAUAACUUAUAUUGUUGAUUUUGUUAGAUUUGUAGAACCUACCUAAUGUUAUCCAAACCAAAGAAAAUUGCCUCUGUUUUUGUUGAGAAAUUGAAAUACA